CUGACAGGCUCUAUCCCUAAAGAACAUCCGCAGUAUCCCAACGAUAAUAUCUACUUGGAUUUCAAAAUAGCGGGCCUUGUCUUGCAAGUAUGAUCAGCACAAAGAGGCUAGUAGAGAUGGUCAGGAAAUGGCAGAAGAUGGCAAUAAGAGGAAGAAGAAGAAUCUCCCUUGGUGGAGUAGCAGUGCGGAGGAGAAAUGUCAUAGGAAAAGCAGCAGAAGGUGGUGAGAAGGGCCAUUUUGCAGCUUAUGCAGCAGAUGGUAAAAGGUUCAUGAUUCCCCUCACAUAUCUCCAUCUGCCCAUCUUUCAGCAACUUUUGAGGAUGGCAGAGGAGGAGUUUGGGUUGGACAUCAAUGGUGCAAUCACAUUUCCUUGUGAUUCUGCACUUCUGGAAUGUGUCAUGUUGCUGGCACAGAGAGGCAGACUCGUAGAGGUGCAGAAUAUAUUGAUGGUCUCGUUUAGUCACCAGAGUUGCUCAUCAUCGUCUUCAUUGCAGCAAAUUCAGGCUUCUCGACAAGUACUGUUCAAUGUCUGCUAAGAGAAACAGUCAAUGCAUCCACACAAGUGGAGCAAAAAUACGUUCAUACAAUUACCUUAAAGAAAUUUUAUGUUAUACUCCAGCAAUUCUUGUACAAACAUUCUGAGUUGUCAGAUAGGAAAAAAAAUUUCAUCUGUCUUAUAGUUUCCCAUUUUAAGUGGUACUAAAUCCUGCAUCCAAGAGUCGAUCUUUUAAUGUGAAUUACCAUAGACAAUCGAUACAAUACUCAAUAGAAUACUGGGGGGGUGUUUGAUAAAAUGAGCACAAUACAUUCCAAGAAUACCAUGUUUUC